ACUACAUACACUCGUUCUUGUCAAACAGCCGCACAUUGCCGCAUACGGACACUGAGCAACGCCCGUCUCGCACCGCACCGCCAGCCAGCGGCAGCGGCGACCGCCAGCCAGCAGCAGCAGCGCCCUAUAAACUCGCCCUUGGUCGUCUCUCAUUCUCCCCACUCCCCACUCAUCGAACGCCAUGAUAACCCACUCGAGUUCGUCCGAGGCCGAGUCGUCGCCGCGCCGCUCGCCGUCCCCAGGCCCAUCGAGCCCGUCCAUCCUGGGCCUGUCGUCCCCCGACCUCGCGGACGAGUUCGAGCUGCUGUCCGUCUCAACGCGGCGCGACAGCCUCUCCAGCACCGGCACGGCGGACAGCUUCGUGCCCGUCUUGCCCGUUCCGCCGGCAUCGCGGCGGUCGAGCACGUCGUCGGCCGGCACGGAGGAGUACGAGAUCAUUGUGCUCGCGCCCACGGGUGAGGUGGAGGACGACUUGCCCGACUCGACGUCGGACGCGUACCGCUCUGCCGUGGAGAGCUUGCUCGACGACGACGAUGACGACGAUGACGCCGACGAGGUCGCCACCGUAUCCGGCUCGAGCUUGAGCCGCGGGACGAGCACGGGGCGUCGUAUGGUGGCGCGCCGCCGCGACACAGACGGCGAGUACGACGACGACCUGGACGCGUGGAGCGACAGGAGCGCCGCGGCGACGGAGCGCUCGUCCGGGCGCACAAUUACGGGCGCGGGCAGCGUGACGAGUGCUUCGGAGGCGCGCGAGUCGAUUGACAACUUCUUCGAAGACUCGACGGCGUUCAUGAGCGACAAGGCCAACAAGCUGCGGCUGUGGCAAGCGCUUUGUAUCGAGCUCGGACUAGUCGACAUCGACGAAGAGCCGAUGGCACUGCCUGACCUGCCGUCAAGCGCGCCGCCCGCGCCGCCGGCACCGCGUACCCCGCUGCCCACGUCGUUGACGCAGGCGCGCCUGCUCCUCAAGAAACACGGCCACGUCAACCUCGUCGACUACAUCGCCGCGCGCUCCGACCCCGCGCGCGCCGAGAUCGCGGACAGGGCCGGCAAGUACGCCGACCUGAUGCACCCCUCCGCGUCGGCGAUGAUUCGCGACGCCAAGAAGCACCACAGGAUUCUCAAGCUCUGCACGGCCAAGAGCGAGUGGCUCGAGCCCCUCCUCAAGGACUUUGGGUACCGCCAUGCCGCCCGCGGGCACUAGUGGCGGUGCCGUUGUGAGAAGACCCAUUCGCGGUCUAGACCGCUGCCACCAUGCUAUUUACUGUUGUUUAGUUGUAUUAUCGAUCUGGGAGCUUUGCUAUACACCCCUUCAUUGUGCCAUCUACCGCCAU